AUGGGUAAUAGUUCUAGUCGUACUAAUCCUCCAUGUCGUUGCACUUGUUGCUCUCGCUGUUGCCCACCUAAAAGAUCGACAACCAUUUCACCAACACCUAUUCCACCAACACCCAUUCCACCGACACCUGUUCCACCGAGACCCUCUUCAUCUCGUGUAUUCAAAUUUACUGAAUAUGAACCUGCAGCCAUGCCCGAUAUCUACAGGGACAAAGCUGACUACCAGGAUCUAUUGGAUAUUGAACCACUUGUGCACAGCAUAAUUAUGACACAAUUAUCAUCACAGACAGCAUCCAGCAACAAAACAAAUCUCAUAAAAGAACCGUUGGAAAAUAAAUGGACGGAAUCAUACUUGACGCAUGGAGAAUUGUCUGAUGUCAUCACCGAAGUUAAUAGUGAUACGCAUGGAUGUAUUAAAUCAGUUGAAUCACAAGAGAUCAACAUUGGGGCAGAAAAGUUUCAACAAAUUACAGUCGAGAUUGAGAAAUUAAUCGCCAAUCAAUUGCGAUUAAUUUCACAAAGAGAACAAGCGAUCAUUCAGAAACAUAGACAAGAAAGUACAAAUGCUGUAAAUAGAAUAAUCACUAAGGGAAGAUCUUAUCAACGAGCUAAUGAAAAAGAACACCAACGAUUGAUAGAAGAAUACGUUGUUCAAUUAGAAAAAGCACUGGUCACACAUUUAGAUCAUCUUCAGAAGGCUGUAGAGGUCGAUCAACGAAGUAUAAUCAGCCAGUCGCAACAAUAUGUUGGAGAUUGUGCUCUUGACGCAUUAAGAGCUAGACAAAAUAUCCUGAAUAAUGCCUUUUUGAGCGCCAACAAAAUGAUUACAGAAAUACUGUCUCAGCACGAGGUGGAAUUUUGGGACAUCAAAAAGCAACCUGUUGGUCGUGAAGAACUACGAACUAUUGACCUUCGUAUAUAUUCUACUGUUGGAGAAAACCAGCAUGGUCUAGUUUGUGAUAAAAUAUCUGAUCGAAACAAAUUUAUCAAAACGAUCAAUGAUACAAAAUCACAAAAUAUACCCAAGAGAACAGUGUAUCUAAAAAGUGAUCCAAGUAUUACAAUACCGAGAACAUAA